ACCACUGACGCACUUCCAAAGACCCGCUGAAAUUCAAAGUGUAUUUGAAAAGGCGUCAAAUGAACAGCCGUACGAAUCUUUUCGCAGUUUAUGCUCAGUUGUGACUUGUUUGCGUGACCUACACGGACACUUCUGUUGAGGAAGAUCAUGGAUGGGGAAUUUCGAAAUGGGUUGGCGACAGCUUUGAAGAGACAUAGAGACCCUUUGUCUGACACGGAAGACAAUGUCCACUCGUCUGAUGUCAAUGAUGUUCAGAAAAGGCGUCGCCUGGAGGUGUUGGGCGAGGAGAAUGUCAGCCCUACAAAGAAGUCUUCAACUAGAGAUCGCCUCCGGUGUGCAGAGCUGGUGAAGCCUGACACCCCUGCAAUCUGCUCUGUCCGCUCCAGAGUACAGCAACUAACCCAGAGACGUGAGGGAGGGCAUGUGCUGGCUCAGAGAUGCCUCUCUGAUCCAGGGUCUGGGGUACCAUCCAUUAAAUUCCAGGAUGGAUUCAAAGAGCACCAUCUUAUUGGUGAGGCAGAAUUCAGCUCGCGGGUGGAGCGGUUUAAAUCCCCCACCACUCCUCAGGCCAGCCCCCUGCCAGCCAACCGGUGGCCCCGUACCCUCUCCAACGCUGUUACCAACUUACAACUGAAACUCGAGGCCAGUGACACGCCCAGCUCCAAACAAGCCUCCCGAAUACGCCAGGAGAGGGAGGAGGAGCUGCGUCUUGUAAGGGCCCAGCCAAUCACAGAGAAUGUCUUCCUAAAGCGAAGCUUCUCUGAUUCCUCACUGACUGAGAGGGCGACCCCACCCGUCUCCUCAUUCUCCCCUUGGAUGAUGUUUAGACGUAGCAGGAGACUGCAGUGGCCACCGUUCCAACCAUGGAAUCAGGCAGACCUCAAUGUGACUGAUGAACCUUUUGGGGUGAAGGACGGCAGCUUUACCGAGACAUCUGUCUUCACUAAGGUCGAUGGAGUGGAGCCUCCAAUUCAAGACACCGAUAAUCCUGUGGCAAUGGAGUCAAAAGGAGAUGACCCUGAGCUGAGCUCUCGCGAUGAAACCAACACCGCUGAGAUGAUUGACCUAAUGUUUGAUGAGGUGCUGGAGGCUGCUGCCCAGGGAAGGAUGGAAGAGGACACUGAGGAUCACAAUAGUGGCAUAGCCACAGCGAUGCGUGGAAUAGAGGAAACAGACACAGAAUUGGACAAAGCUGAGGAGGGUGAAGACCUGGAAGAAACCAAGGAACUGGACUCCAGUGCAGAUGAGCUGCUGUCCUUCCCACCCAGCUUUAUCCUCUCCCCUCUCAGCAAGUCUGUGGAAGCUGUGGUCACUCCUAUGAGACUUGCAGCCAAUCAGCUAGCCAACCCUCCAUCCCUACUUCUGACUCCUGAAGAGCUGACCACUCCCCCUGCUGAUAGUGCCCCUCUCUACAGCAUCGAUGCCUACCGCACCCAGAGACAGAGCACCAAGCCAGCCAUUCAGAGUGUAACCCCAAGGGUGCAGAGGCAUGCCGCUGAGAAGUCUCAUCCCCAACACUGUGUCAACACCAAGGAAAGGAUCAUGGUUCUGAAUGAGGAUGCUGCCAAGCUGCAGAUGGUCAUCAAACAGACGUUGCAGGCCCUGAGCUGCUGCACUGACGAGGACCACGGCAGGGGCUCCCUGGAGGAGGCAGAGGCUGAUAAACUGCUGCUCGUCUCCUGUGAGAAGCGGGCAGCCCUGCUGGCUGAGGUGGCCAGGCUGAAGGAGAAGGGGGGCUCAGUCUCUGAGGAUCUAGAGGGGGGUGAUGGUGAGGGGGACUCCGGCAUGUCCCAGCAGCCCUGCAGGGGCACCGUCAGCAUCAGCCGUGUUCAGCUCCCUCUCAAGGUGGAGUUUGUCUGCUCUGCCCGCACACAAACAGGUCGGCCCACUCAUUAUUUCUUUGUCCUGAUUCGUUAUGGACCCUGCAACAUCGUUGCGACCCCAUUGGCCACGGCAGUGGACGCCCAGAAUGGCGACACCAUCUCCUUCCCCACCUCCAUCACCCUGCAGGACAUUCGCUCCAACUUUGAGAUUGAUGUGGAGGUCUACAGCCUGUCCCACACCUCAGGGAACACCUGCAAUGUGGAUCUCCGCAGCUCCACCAAGUCACGGGUCACUCCAAGGAAGCUUCUAAGCACCAUCAAGAGAUCCAACCAAAAUGUAACAUCUUCUACCAUGCCGCCCCUAAACACCCAGCGCACCAGCAACUUUUCUCUGGUUGGUUCUCACAAGAUCUCCCUGGCCUCCCUGGGCCAGAGCAAGUUCCCCCUGGACAAGAUGAAGUUUGAAGGCAAAAUCAGGAGACUCCUGGGAGAUGAGUUUCAGGAAAAGGUGCCCUUCCUGUCUCCACUAGAGGGAAACAUAUACCUGCAACUGGACAGCGAGAGCCACUCUAAUGUCCAGCACCAGGGCUUCCUUACAAUGUUUGAGGUGGUGAAUGGAUUUGGAGCUUGGCAUCGACGCUUCUUUGUCCUGGAGGGAAGCCACAUGUCCUAUUGGAACCACCCCAAUGACAGAGGCAGCAAGGCAGCAGAAGGCAGCAUCUCCCUGUCUAGUUCCUCUAGUCAGAGUGUAAAGCCAGUGAUGAGAGACUCCUGUGCUCGCCCCUAUACUUUUGAACUGGUCAGCAGCGUCCAGACUGCACAACAGGAUGACCAGGGCGCUCUGGCCAAGUGCUGGUUCUCAGCAGAUACUGGGGAGGAUCGAGGGGACUGGAUGGAGAACCUGAACCAGGUUCUCCUGGACCUGCAUACCUGGACUCGCUGCACCCCUGAACCAUGCUAAAUCACAGCCCAACAACCAGGCCAGCUGUGGGAACAUGAGGGACAGCAGUCUGUAACACACUGUUAUAAUCAUAUCUUUAUGAAUACUUAUGAUUACCAUUGGGAGAUUAUUUUAGACUUGGGGAUAUUUUGACUUUCCUUCUAUUUGUCACUUUCAAUAGCCAUUUAAAAUAGAGCUCCAUCUUGUUGCUUGAUAUGUAUACUAUUUACCUGAGCUUGAAGUAGAUGAUUUAAAUGAAUCCAUAUAAUCUACAAACACUAUUAAAUACGUAUCAAACCUAGUGUAGAAGAGCACUAACACUAAACACAUGAUUAGUCCAAUAGUGUAGUUAUAAUUUCAUAAGACUAACAGAAAAAUGCCAGACAUGGCUGUUAGACAAUAUGAUUUCACUACUACAGCAUUGCUGUAAUACCCUCAAGUGUAGAAAUAUGUCUCUCGGAAAUAAGAAAUCUGUACCUGACACACAACCUACCUAAUCUAGAAACUUGUGAAUUUAGUGAUUCAACUAGAAUUGCAGUCAAGUUGAGUUAUAGUACUGUACUUGAAAAACUGAGCUAUCUGCUACAAGGUAAAUAUGGACUAUUUCACAAGUUAAAUUCUUCAUGUUCCUUAACUGAAUCUAUUGCUGUGUUGUGCAUAACACAACAUGGGCCUGUCAACAAAGAUGGUACCCAAGCACUUCAACUGGACUAUAGAAUGAUAAGGUGUAUAAUGUUAGUGCUUCAUCUCAUGAUAAAUCCUAGUAGCAGCCUAAAAGGUGGUGAAUGUAUAUGCUGACUGUAGUCAACCUAGUUUUUUUUGUUUUUCCUUCAUCUAUUUACUGUCAAUCGGUCAUUCUCUUUCUGUAUGUGGAUGUUAUCCCUAUAAAAUACCUGUCAACAUUCUUUAUAUGCACAUGAUUGAUGAAGGUACUACCAGUAAAUAAUACAAAUGGGUCUAAUGGCAUACACUCUCUGAAUUUGUUUUCAGUCCAUGCAGUUUGUCAUGUUCUUCUGUAAAUUUGAUAUGGAAAAUAUUUGCAAUGUUUUUGGUGCAUGUGCAAUUUGAGUUUAUAAAACCAUAAGCUCAAAUAUAGCUUUCAUUGUCCUCUGUCUUAAAGCUGACAUCUUCCUCCAUAAUAUAGUUAUGGCAAUAUUAGCAUAUGAAAGAGUGAGCGAUACAGUGUUUACAACAUUGUAAAGUAUUGAGGGAAUGGGGUUGGCUAUGGAGCAGGAACUCGGGUCAGGAAUGUCAUACAGGAAGUCAUGCCUGUGUUUGAUGUGUACUGCUACAGAAAGAGAAUUCCUGGAGCCCUUUUGGGGGGAGGUGGGGCAGUUGGUUCUCAGCUCAAGGUGAUGAUUGGAAGAGUGGCCCAACUGUACAUCCCAGGGCUCAUGCCUCAGUGUCGUGUUCAGCCAGAACACUGGGCAGAGUCUGGUAAAUGACACCAUAGUCCCUAUUUAGUGUAUUAUGGGCCCUGGUCUAAAGUAGAGCACUUUAAAGGGAAUAGAAUGCCCUUCUGAAUACAUACUGGGCCUAUAGCUAGCAGGACAUUGAUAUGAGUGGUGAGAUGCCCAGGGACGAGGCCAAUGUUAUAGGGGAAGUAAUGAAAGACCGGUGUCUUUAGUGAUCGGGGUGGUCCGUGAGAUACAGUAAGAACAAUGGGGCACUGGUCUCACCCUAAGAGGAACUAAUAUAACAUCCUCUCCCCAAUCUGUAACUGUCAUUCCUGGUAAACUUGUCUCAGUCUCUAUUGUUAGAUACUGUACCCUCAACCCGUUAUGGUACUUGGCAUAUGAACCCCUAAAGACAUGUUACCAGAGUCUUUACAUCUAAUAAACCAAUUGACCGUUUCACU